GAACAGUCUGGAGGUCGUCUGGAGAUAUUUAUUCAUCGAUCCCUCCACCAUCAUCCCCCAUCUCUCCAUCCCUCCAUCCAUCUGUCUUCUUCACUUUUCUCUUCCUCUCAUCUCUUUCUUCUCCUUCUUCACCAUGACCAAAGUCGAGGAUCCUCAGGUGGAGCGGGUGGAAAAUGCGGGCGCCAAACUGCGGCCGGAACUGGACGAGAUGCAGGGCCGGGCGAUCCAGCAGCAGGAGCACAACCGGGGCUACCUGGAAACGCUGCGACGGGACCCGAAGCUGCUGUUCUGGAUCGGGGUGAUGCUGUGGGCGCUGAUUGUGCGUGGGUUCGAGGGGACGGCGGCCGGGACGGUGAUCAGCAUCCCGGCGUUCAAGGAGCGGUUCGGCAAGUACGAGGCCAGCACGGGCUCGUACUACAUCGAGACGAGCUGGCAGUCGGCGCUGAGCGGCGGCGGCAACGCGUCGGCGAUUGCAGGGGCGUGGAUCGCCUCGUUCCUGUCGGACGUGAUCGGGUUGAAGCCCGUGCUGAUCGGGGCGGCGGCGCUGAACAUCGCGUCGGUGGGCAUCGAGUUCGCGACGACCUCGGUGCAGAUGUUCUUCGCCGGCAAGGUGGUCAACUACGUGGCCAUCGGCGCCCUGCUGAACCUGUGCACGGCGUACGUGGCGGAGAUCUCGCCGCUGGCCAUCCGGGCGUCGGUGAUUGGGUUCUGCAACCUGUCGCAGUGCAUCGGCCCCUUCAUCGCGGCGCUGAUGGCGUACCGCACGGAGAAAUGGACGACGGACUGGUCGUGGAAGUCGCUCAUCUGCACGCAAUGGGGGUUCGGCGUCGUCGCGUUCAUUGCCCUGCUGUUCAUGCCCGAGUCGCCCGUGUAUCUGGUGAAGAAGGGCCAGCUCGCCGCCGCGCGCCAGUCGCUGGGGCGUCUCUACUCGGAUCCGCAGGACGCCGACGGGCAUCUGGUGCGCAUCCAGUUGACUCUGGAGGAGGCCGAGACGCAAAACACGGGCUCGUAUCUCGAGUGCUUCCGUGGCACGAACCGCCGGCGCACGCUGAUCGCCAUCAUGUGUUUCCUGGCCGAGGGCAUGUCGGGCCUGGGGUUCGUGUCCAGCUACGGCGCCCUGAUGUACGAGUAUCUGGGCAUCAGCAGCAGCAAGUCGUUCCGCAUCCAGAUCGGCGCCCAGAUCCUGUCCAUGUCGGGCGCGACCAUCUCCUUCCUGGUCGGCGACUUGUACGGCCGGCGCCCCAUGUAUCUCGGCGGCUGCGUCUGCCUGUGUAUCCUGUUGCUGUGCAUGGGCAUCUCCGGCUCCGUCAACACGGCCGCGGCCACCACCGCCUCGGUCGGCUUCUACGCCAUGUUCAACUUCUUCUACAAUGCCGGCGUCGGCUCCAACGUGUACGCCAUCGCCGGCGAGGUGCCCACCUCGGCCCUGCGCACCAAGACCAUCGCCAUCGCCAUCACCUGUUCCUCCGCCAGCAACACCAUGUGGUCCUUUACCGCGCCCUACAUGUUCAAUCCGGGCUACGGCGACCUCAAGGCCCGCAUCGGCUUUGUCUUUGGCUCCUUCAUGUUCAUCUGGGCCAUUCUCGGCUUCCUCUUUGUGCCCGAGACCCGUCUGCGCACCUACGAGGAGCUCGACGAGCUCUUCAUGAACCAUGUCCCGGCCAGGGAGUUCCGCAAGUACGUCACCGUCGCCGAGACUCGCGCCGCCGAGGCUUUCACCAUCGAGCACAAGUCCAAGGCCAUUGAGCUGGAGGAGGAGUGUGUAUAGUAGAGAGAAUUCUCAGUUAUCAGUUAAGAAUGUAUAUAAUAUCCUGGCGGUGGAGUCAGACGAGGAGUUUAUCUUGAUGCGAUGGGGGGUUACUUCUUACUUCUUAUUUCUAUUCUAUU